AUUGGCGGCCGGCUCACCCAAUCGCUUAGCGAGUUCGACACGUGACGUCACACGGUUAACUAAUGGUGUUACUCCGCGGGCGGAGCUUUGUCGUUAGCUUGAGAUUGAAUGUGGCCAGUGUGUGUAUUCACCAACACGGGAGCGCAACGAGAGGAAGAAACGGCCAAACGCUCUUAAAAAACGCCAUAAAAAAAAAACAACAACAACCCGGCACUUAUGUGGAUUUGAGGCUUCCUCGCAGCAGAUGUGGAUCGAAUCGCGGUGAGGUCCGACGACAGUCCGCGCCAAAUUGGUGACAGAGGAGUGGAGCGGGCACUGUUUUGUUGUCUGGGAUGCGCAUUUUCGGGAGUGGGGGUGGAAGGAGUACGCGUCCCGCGGCGAGUGCGCGGGGGGAGUGCUACGGCUCCACCAUGGACAAUAACGACUCUCCUCCUUGUUCCCUCCGCUCUCAUCCGGCGUUGCCAUGAAGACCAUUGCGCAGUGCAGCGCCAAACAUCAUAGCCGGAUUUGGAAUUGGCCGGGAUUACAUAAUAGAAUCAUCCUUGUCUAGCCCCCCCCCCCCCACCCCGUUUUUUUUUUUUUUUUGCUUCUACAUAUCCCCUCCACGUAUCGUCAAUGUAAGGAGAGUUGCUUUUGGGUGGGGGCCCGCCCGGCUUUAUCUUGCCCGCCCGGCUGUGUCUUGGGCACAGAUGAGAGGCAAAACAUAUCACCCACCGCUGAAGUUGACAGCACCCUGGGAGAAGGAUGCUGGCUUCGGCAGGAAGCUCAAGACCUACAGGAAUCAUACCAAGAUAAUAGCGCAGCCCGGCAUUGUGAUGAAAGUGCUGCGCAGGAAGCGGAUCGUGCUGUUUGCGGCCUACUUCCUGCUCCUGGUGCUCACCAUGCUCAACUUGGCCAACUACAAGUGGACCAAGGAGCCGCAGCCUUGCAGCCACCCCGUGAGGGGCGCCGCCUACCAGGGCCGCUCCGACCUGCGCUACCUGUACAGGCCCUCGCUGGCCAAGAAGAGGCAGCUCAUCUACGUGCUAACGACGUGGCGCUCUGGCUCGUCGUUCUUCGGUGAGCUGUUUAACCAGAACCCCGGCGUGUUCUUCCUGUACGAGCCCAUGUGGCAUAUCUGGCAGAAGCUGUACCCGGGCGACGCCGUGUCCCUGCAAGGGGCGGCGCGCGAUAUGCUGAGCUCGCUGUACCGCUGCGACUUGUCCGUCUUUCAGCUUUACAACAGCCCUGGGGGCAAGAAUUUCACCUCGCUGGGGUUGUUCGGCGCCACGUUGAACAAAGUGGUCUGCUCCUACCCUCUGUGCUCGGCUUACAGGAAAGACGUGGUGGGGAUGGUGGAUGACAAGGUGUGCAAAAAGUGCCCCCCGCAAAGCCUCAGACUGCUCGAGGACGAGUGCCUCAAGUACAACACGGUGGUCAUCAAAGGGGUGCGCAUUCUGGAAGUCAACGUUCUGGCACCCCUCAUGGAGGACCCCUCCUUGGACCUGAAGGUGAUCCACCUGGUCCGAGACCCGCGGGCGGUGGCCAACUCCCGCAUCAAGUCCCGGCACGGCCUCAUUCGGGAGAACCUGCAGGUGGUGCGCAGCCGGGACCCCAAACUCCGCCGGAUCCCCUUCGUGGAUCCCGGCCACAAGGCCAACAAGAAGGACGGCUCGGACUACCACUCCAUCGGCGCCAUGGAGGUGAUCUGCGACCGCACCUCCCGUACGCUGAGGACGGCGCUGAAUCCGCCCGGCUGGCUCAAGGGCAAGUACAUGGUCGUGCGCUACGAGGACCUGGUGGACAACCCGGUGAAGACGCUGCGUAGCGUCUACCGCUUCGCUAACUUGACGGCCAACCGCGACAUAGAGUCAUUCGCCCUCAACAUGACCAGCGGCUCCAGCUCGUCAUCCAAGCCCUUUAUCGUGUCGUCGCGCAACGCCACACAGGCGGCUAGCGCAUGGCGGACGGUCCUGAGCAUCCAGCAGAUCAAGCAGGUCGAGGACUACUGCCACCACUCCAUGGCUGUGCUGGGCUAUGAGCGCGUGCGGACCGCCGGCGAGGCCAAGGACCUGACCAAAUCACUACUGACGCACUCCAAGCUGUGAAGAUGCCGCCAAAGACACAAAAGUGGGAGCACCUCAGUCACGCCACCUUCGGAAUGUACCGCCUUUAGGAACACUGGUCGUCAUCCAUAGCCAUGCCUACCACUGACCAAAAAAAAGAGAAAAAAAAACAAACGAAAA